CUUUCCCAUUCCCUCCGCACCUCCAGUGGCAGCUGUCACCUGUAAACCGAGCACCGCGCAGGGGCAUGGAGCCAGAAGCCCAUUGGAUAGGACCUCUCAGCAGCAACCUACCCCCCAAUCUGGGGGCCAGGCCUGGCGCGGGCGGAGGGCAGGAGUCCCAGGUGCCCUUCGCCCUGAGACUUCCCAGUAAAGCGGCGAGGGCGUGACUGCAGUCCAGUUUCUGGGAUCAGAGCCCUAGGUGAGCCGGGCUGGGAGGCUGGGGCGACCCCAGAGUCACAGGGACCGAGCAUGGCGCUGGCAGCAGCCGCUGCUGCGGCCGCCGCCGCGGCAGGAGUGAGCCAGGCGGCGGUGCUGGGCUUCCUGCGGGAGCACGGCGGGCAGGUGCGCAACUCCGAGCUGCUGAGCCGCUUCAAGCCGCUACUGGACGCUGGGGACCCACGGGGCCGCGCGGCCCGUAGGGACCGCUUCAAGAAGUUCGUCAACAACGUGGCCGUGGUGAAGGAGCUGGACGGGGUCAAGUUCGUGGUGCUGAGAAAGAAGCCCCGGCCGCCGGAAGAACCCGAGGCCCCACUCCCCUCCAACCCUGGGGUGCCAGACGCGCUGGCCGAGUGCGCUGCUGUCCCAGCGGAGGACAGCUGUGCCCCAGGAGCUCCCCACUCCCCACAGCCAUUGGGAGAACAGCCCGAGGACUCGUCCGCACCAUCUGAGAUACAGCACACCUCUGAGACCCCACCCUCCGGGGUCACCCUGGUUGAGGCUCCAUCAGACUCAGAGCCACAGGCCAGGGAACCCGAGAAUCCAGAGCUACCUCAGUCCUUGGAGGUAGCGUCCGAGCUAGCCCGACCCGCCAGCGUGCCCUCCGGGCUGGUCCUGUCGAGCACAGAGUCGCCAGGCCCGGAGCCUGCACCUCCCACGGCGCAAGUGCCACCGAAGAAGCCUUGCAUGCUGCCGGUGCGCUGCGUCGUCCCUGGCCCCGCGGCGCUGCGGAUCCGCGCGGAGGAGCAGGGCCUGCGCCGGCAGCGGUCGGAGGAGCCGAGCCCGCGGGGCUCCCCGAUGCUUCUGCGGAGGCUCUCGGUAGAGGAGUCCGGUCUGGGACUUCACCUGGGACCUGGCCGCUCCCCGCAUCUCAGGCGCCUGUCGCGCGCCGGCCCGCGCCUGCUAAGUCCGGACAUGGAGGAGGUGCCCAUCGCGCCGCCACCGCCACCCGCGGUGCCCCUGGAGCCCACGGAGCACGAAUGGCUCGUGCGCACGGCCAGCGGUCGUUGGAGCCACCAGCUACACGGGCUGCUCCUGCGGGACUGUGGCCUGGCUGCCAAGCGCGACUUCAUGUCGGGCUUCACCGCCCUACACUGGGCAGCCAAGAGCGGCGACCGGGAGAUGGCUCUACAGCUGGUGGAGGUGGCGCGGCGUGGGGGCGCGCCCGUGGACGUGAACGCGCGCUCGCACGGUGGCUACACGCCGCUGCACCUGGCGGCUCUGCACGGCCACGAGGAUGCUGCUGUGCUGCUAGUGGUGCGCCUGGGCGCCCAAGUGCACGUCCGCGACUACAGCGGCCGGCGAGCCUACCAGUACUUGCGGCCUGGCUCCUCCUACGCGCUGAGGCGUUUACUAGGUGACCCUGGCCUGCGAUCUACGACGGAGCCUGAUGCGGCCAGUGGUGGCAGUGGAAGCCUUGUGUCUCGGCACCCCGUGCAGGUGGCCGCCACCAUCCUCGGCUCCACCACUAGCGCGUUUCUGGGCGUCCUGGCCGAUGACUUGAUGCUCCAGGACCUGGCCCGUGGCUUGAAGAAAUCAAGCUCCUUCAGCAAGUUCUUGGGUGCCUCGCCCAUGGCUCCCCGAAAAAAGACCAAGAUUCGUGGUGGCCUGCCAUCCUUCACUGAAAUCUCUCGUCGACCCACUCCAGGACCUUUGGCUGGUUUAGUGCCAAGUCUGCCCCCUCCAACCUGAAUAGCAUUGAAGCUACCAAGGCCUUGGUUGACCUAACAGAGCCUGUGGCAUGCCGACUAAGCCUGUCCAAGACAUGGCCAACCAACACAUGCAGCCUGUCUCUCUUCCAGCUUUAUCUACUGCACCCUGCUGUAACCAGAUGGGCCUCCACCUUCUGUUUGAAAUAUGAUGUGCCUACAGAGGUGGGAUUCUUGUUCCCCAGAAGAGGAACCAAGCUGUCAUACUUGAUCUUGGAAGGAGACUUGAAGUUUAGGGUCAAAGGUUAAGGGGCAGCAGCUGGUCUGGCCCCUAGAGGUGUUGACCAGAGGCCUCUGGGUGGACACAUUCCCAAAUCAGAAGUAGAGGGUGGCUCUCAAGAUGUUCAAAGAUGGCAACUUUAAGAGCUGUAGUGGCUUUGUAAUUUGAUGCUUUUAUUCUGUUUUUAAAUUAAAAUGAGGUACAACAACUUUGAUAAUACCUUUUGAAAUUCUAUUUUUUCCAUUUUUAGGCAAAGUGGUAAGACAUUUUCAGUUUUUUGCUAAAUAUUUUGGAAAUCUGUCUUUUAAAAAGAGAUGGUUGAGUCUAAACGAAAUUAGUCCAACAACACUCAAGUUUAUCUACCUCAUUGUAGGCAGUACAGACUCUGAAAUCUUGAAUAUGGAGUAACUAUUGUGAGCCUAAUGAAUGUAACUAAUUCUAAUUAUACUGUGAAUGUCAAAUAUUGAAACAUAAGGGUAUGAUUGGGCUUGUAGCCCAGGCCUUCAAUCCUAGCACUUGGGAAGCAGAGGCAGGCAGAUCUCUGUGGGUUCAAGACCAGCCUGGUCUACAAAACAAGUUCCAGGUCAGCCGGGGCUACACAGAGAGACUUUGUUUCAAAACAAAACAAACAACCACUCCCACCAGGAAAAAAAAAAAAAAACUCAAAAUGAGCAAAAAAUGAACAAACAAAAAAAAAUCGCAUCUUGAGAGUAAAAGUGAUUUAACAUAGAGAGAGAAAGAGACAUUUUGCUAAACAAGUUUAAACUACUCUGGAAUGUAUUUGUAUUCAGUGCUAACUGGUGGCUACUUUGACUUGGCAUGACAUUUUAAUUUUUUUAAAUUGUGAUUUAAUUGUGAAUUCUGACUCUGUAGUUUUCAGUGCAAUGGAUGACUAGUCAAGCAAAUAAACAAACAAAAACGUUAUUAUACCAGACAAAAAAAGAACUGGUUAAUAGAAACGGAAGUGAUUGCUACUUUUUUAUGUGAAAGUUCUGAACAAAUAAGUAUGUGAUAUUCGUUUUUCAAAAGUCAUUUGAGAUAGCAAGUGUGGAGCAGUGGCCUAGAAUGAUUAGUUUAACUUCUGCACCUUUGCUCCCUCCUGUGAAUGGAGCAGGCUUAUGGGCCAAGAGGUCCGGGUGGGCAGAGUAGAGUUGUAAAUGCACCUCCCCUUUAAAGGUGUGAAAUCUGUUGGCCCAGUCAACCUUUUGUAUCAAGUCAUGAUUCUUACUGUUUUUGAAAAUUAUGUUUGCAUGGCAUUGGUCAUACUGAGUGGUUCUUGUGGCACAAGGACUAUGGCUUCCUUCCCCAAUUCUCGUCAGGGAGACCUUUGAAAUCAUUAAAGGCAUCCCAAGAGUCAAUCAUGAAAUGAUUUAAACAAUGAAA